CUCACACACAUCCCUGCCUCGCUUCACUCUCAUCACUUCGAAUCCUUUGCAUGCCCACUCCCCUCUCUUGACAUGCAUGCGCCUUCGUCCUUGCGCUCCCAACAACCCUCAAAGUCAAGCCUUAAGACAUACGGCAGCCGUGGCAAACGAGCAUCAACCUCUGCUACAACUUCAGCAAACACCGUCUCCAACACCAGACAAUUUAGCUGGGAACGACUCGAGAAUGAACGGAAGGCACGAAUCGAGAAAGCACGAGCUCACCGCGCAUACCAAGUAGAGCUUGCGAACUCGGUCGCUGCAGACGCUGACCUCAAAUCCGAGUUGUAUUCUGACCCAGAGUCCGCAGACGAAGUACCGAAUAUGCAGUUACAGGCUGUAUUGGUACCACAGGAUGGACCCGCGAGGCAAAAUAGUCUGACCGAUUUAGCUCCAGGAAAUAUUUUAUCGGCAGCGCACGAGGUGCAAACGGAGGCGGGAUCUUGGUCGGGAGCAGGACCCAGUGCGAUUCCUCAGGUACAGAACUCUGCGGCAACAACAGGGCAUCCUUCUCUCAGUUCGUCAAUAUCUUCGUCGACAGUCGCACCGGGCGCAUGUCGAAAGGUCAUGUUCCAGGAGAAAACGCUUUUCGCAGAAGCCGAUGAGGAGGAGGAUCAAGAUGAAGUAGACAGCGAGGUCUUGUUCAGGACGCCGUCAUUUCAUAUCCUGCAGAAACUCAAGCAGAUGCCAAAACCGCGUUUCAUUGUCGAACCUCGAGUGAACCCAUUCGGAUUUGAAUCGUCAUCAGCCCCAAAAUCGGAAACAGCAGACAGCUCAGUAAUAGUGAAGGUGAGCGCAGAUCUUCCGGAGCUAUCAACAGCUGGUUUGGCUUCCUCACUAGCAACAACAACAACGGCUAGGAACAGGUUUCUGGACUCGCCAACCACAAAAAAAUCCAUGGACAUCCUGAAUAAAAGGGCCCAACAGUUGGUGGAUAUACAAAAUAACCGCAAGAGCAACAUCUCCACAGUGCCAGCCGUGUCAAGUCAUGGCCUGGGUACGGAAGCUGGUCAGUGCCAUUCAAUGGAACUACCCAAAGUUCAGAGUAAAGUCAAUAGUCGCUCACUCCAACAUAUCAGCAACGAAGGUUACGACGAUCCACCGCGGAGACAAUACACCCCAACCCCUCAAAGCAGCCGCGAGACUACACCGGACCCUGAAGUCGGUAGGAACCAAGCGAUUCAGGAUGACUGCGUGGAUCUAGCAUUGGGCAAACGGAUAUCCGAUAUCCAAAUCACACCAAAGCGCCUACUUGCCAAGCAACGAAUAAUGGCCGCACACAAAUCACCGUCUGUACCACCGCCACCACCAUCAUUCUUGGACUUAAUCGAGGCAUACGAUCCUCUGAAUGUUGCUCCACCAGAACCACUCAAACUUUCCCUGGACCGCGAUAUACCCGAUGACGAGAAUGACCAAUUUGACGAACUUUUCAUUCAUGCUCGACAAAGCAGACCGACGCUAUUAACGACGCCAUUGCGAUCGAGUAGACCACUCCAAAGCAAGAAAGGAAGUCUCUUGGUUCAUUCUCCAGUGCGCAAUUCGGAUCCGCGCAGCAUGUCAACGCUUACGGCGCCAGCGAGAUUACAACGACCAAGAUUUGAGCGGCGUAGUCCAACCAAACAAAUGUCUCCACUCAAUUCGACACUACCAUCUCUUCGACCUAAUGUACUGGACUCUGUUCCCAAUCCGUUUUACGACAAUUCGAAUCUGUUAGGACGAGAGCCAACACAGCCUAAACCUGUACAGCAGAAACUGUCGCCAUUUAAGCAAACCUUGACGCCAGCGUCCUAUGUACCUAAACUUCAACAGCUACAACCACAGCCACAGCCAAAACAGCAACAACAACCCGGAGGAAACAUGCCGCCAGUACGGCCAAUACGACAGGUUCGAUCGUUGAAGCGACCUCCUGCAGUGUUGGUCAAUAGUCGCAAAUCGGUCUUUCGACCAACCGUGGACGACCUGCUUUCAAUCUGCGACCAGCGCUUCUUUACUCAAUUUCAAAACCCAGAUAGGAACGAUGAUACGACAGUUCGCCGUCGCUAUCAAGUAGCAGAAGGAAAUGAUCCAAAGGGCAUCUUGGAUUUUGACUCGCUCCUCCCAGAGUGUUUGGCUUUAUCCUUGACGAAGAUUGGCGAGGCUUCGUACUCUGAAGUUUACACCGUCGAGUUGCCCAUCCAGCAGCGCCGGCGACAGAAGCAAGCACAGCAGAAUCCGGUGUUGCAUUACAAGGACGAGGACGAUUUUGCGCUCUUCCAGUCACCGAAGCUCAACGACUAUGUCAGAGAAUUAUCAGAGGAUAAUCUCGUUAAUGCACGGAACAGUGUCGAUGAUGGCAAUGGAUCGUCGACGAGACUAGUGAUGAAGGUGAUGCCUUUCUUUGACGACCAGAUUGGAAGCACCGCAGGCGGUGCGGUUGUGGAACAACGCUCAUGCAGGACAAAGGGCAAGGCCAGCAACAAGGCCGAGUCGACGAUGCUUGCACUUGAGGACGUAUAUCGCGAAUGCAUGGUUUCGACGCAAAUCAUGCACGGUUGGAAAGGGUUUAUCGGUAGUUUUGGCGCAAUUGUUGUGAAAGGAAGAUACCCAAAGACAUUUCUCGCAGAAUGGGAUAAGUUUCGAAGAGGAAACGGCACCGAAAGCGUGCGGCCAGAUGUCUACGCCAGGGAGCAACUGUACUGCGUGAUCCUAUUGCCUUACGGAGGAAUCGAUCUCGAGCACUGCCCGCUUUCGAACUGGCAACAAGCCUGGAGUGUUCUGGCGCAGCUCGCAGCAUCGCUCGAGUCGAAGGAGCAGGCUCCGUUUUGGUUCGAGCACCGCGAUCUGCACUGGGGCAACAUCCUUGUGAAGGGAACGCGGCAAGAGCAAUUGAUCUUUUCAAAACGUGAACCUUCGGACCGUGCUGCUGUCACUAAUGGUGCCAGCAUUGGUACUGAUGCGGAUGGAUUGGAAUAUAAAAACAACAAGAUCUCGAGAAUUAUACCGACAUGCGGGAUCCUUGUCCAGAUGAUCGAUUUUACACUGGCAAGAGUUCAAGGACGUACGUGUGCAAUCCAUUUUGUACAUGAGGACACUUGGAUACAAUUUGGUAAGCAAUGCCUUGACCUAACAUUCCGUUUCACAUAUCUAGACAAAGGAAAUCUGAUAUACAUGGAUCUGGAAAAGGAUCUUGAUCUAUUUCGAGGUGAAGGCGAUUACCAGUUUGAUAUCUAUCGUAAGAUGCGCAAGCAGGUCAGCAAAGACUGGGCCACUUCUUGUCCCAGGACCAAUCUCUUUUGGCUCCAUUAUGUCGCCGACAAGCUGUUGACAGAAAAAGACCUAGCGAAACCCAGGUCCAAGUCCAAAUCGUUUUCAUCUCGUGUCAAGGAUACUGAUGAGGACGAUCAGCAACAGAUAAUGGAGAUGUGGUGCUACGAAAGAGUGCUGGCAGUAUCGAGGAUGAAUCUUGACCGACUCGAUCUGUCUGGACAAACACCGUCUGCGGGUGUUAUUGAUCUGCUCUUCCGCGACCAGCCAUGAGUCUCCACUUACUUUUGAUGAUAGAUUUGAAGUGCCAAGGUAUAUACUUUUGUCAAGUAAAGAAGCGAUGACACCAGU